AUGGACGUGGAAUUCAUGAAAUUACUUGGCACCAAGGUCAAUAUUCUGCCAGUGCUGUCCAAAGCCGACUCUCUCACCCGAGACGAGCUCGAGUACAACAAAAAGCUUAUUUUACAGGACAUUGACCACCACAGCAUUCCAGUAUACCAAUUCCCUACUGACGAGGAGGACGACUAUGCGGACGACGGCAGGUUCGAGUCCGAUAAACCGCCCUCUCCACUUCGAAACGCGCUUCCGUUUGCUAUUGUAGGAGGAUCUAAAGUAGUGACCGACAAAAGAGGUCGUCAGGUGCUUGUACGAGAGUAUCCAUGGGGUGUGAUUGACGUUGAAGACCCCGAAGUAUCGGAUUUCCCUCUGCUGCGAGAUCUGCUGUUGUCAACCCACAUGUCAGAUCUCAAAGAGACUACAUUCGACUAUCUCUAUGAAAACUACCGUACUGACAAGCUGUCCAACGAGAUUCCUGGCGAGUCUGUAACAGCUACCACCUCGGACAACAACGGCCGACGUAUUGUCAGUGCUGCCAGCAACGCCGAUUCAGUUGCCAGCAACUCGUUCCUUGCCCGUGAAGAACAACUUCGACUCGAAGAAGAGAAAUUGCGAUCCAUCGAACAAAGAGUUCAGGACGAAAUUGCCCAAAAGCGCAUGGAACUGUUGCGUCGUGAGCAGGAACUCAAGGAACUAGAAGCCCGUCUCAGACGCGAGGCCAGCAUAGCCGACUCCGGAGCCUCGAGCGUCAAAAGCGAGACAACCGCUUAG